CGCGCGAAAACAAGCACGCUUCCGGCCAAAAUGGCGGCACUCUUGAUGUGCGGACGCCGGGAGUUUCUGCGCCUGCUGCGACCCCAGCGUCAGUUCCACAGUGUCGCAGGCUCCGCUCAGUGGCCCCGGAAUGCGCUGGCGGUCGGGUGCCAUGUCCCAGCCGGUCGGAGCCGCGGGCUACCGCUCUGCGUCCUCGCCGACGUCUCCAGCGCCCGCGGCCUCAGCACCUCUGCCGUGUCCUUUGCCGAAGCCCAGGUCCAGGCCCCUCCUAUUGUUCCUGCAACUCCCUCACCCCCAGUGGUACCUGAGGUGACUCCUGGAGAAACUACAGAUGUAGUCCAAACAGCUGCAGAAGCGAGCUUCUCAGAACUGGGGCUUGGGUCAUACACCCCAGUGGGAUUAAUCCAGAACUUUUUGGAAUUUAUGCACAUUGACCUGGGCCUGCCUUGGUGGGGAGCCAUCGCUGGAUGUACAGUGCUUGCCCGCUGCCUGGUUUUCCCCAUCAUUGUGAAGGGCCAGCGAGAAGCAGCCAAGAUCCACAACCAUGCGCCUGAGCUCGGGAAGUUUUCCAUUCAAAUCAAGGAGGCCAAGUUGGCAGGAGACAAUGUUGAGAUUUCCAAGGCCUCCACAGCAUUGAGACAAUACCAGAAAAAGCACGAUAUUAAAAUCUUCAGACCUCUCAUCCUACCACUGACUCAGGCUCCAAUCUUCAUCUCCUUCUUCAUUGCCUUGAGAGAGAUGGCCAACCUUCCUGUACCCAGCAUGCAGACAGGCGGCCUUUGGUGGUUCCAGGACCUCACAGUAUCCGAUCCUAUGUAUAUAUUACCGGUGGCAGUUACUGCUACAAUGUUGGGUGUCCUUGAGUUGGGUGCUGAGACAGGUGUGCAGAGUUCUGACCUUCAGUGGAUGAGAAGCGUUCUCAGGUUGAUACCCCUGAUAGUCUUGCCCGUAACCAUCCACUUCCCCACGGCAGUAUUUGUGUACUGGCUCUCCUCCAAUAUGUUCUCCCUGGUCCAAGUGACGUGCCUCCGGAUUCCAGCUGUGCGUACUGUCCUCAAAAUCCCCCAGCGUGUUGUACAUGACCCUGCCAAAUUGCCUCCAAAAGAAGGCUUCUUUGAAGGCUUCAAAAAAGGCUGGAAGGAUGCUGAACUCAAACAAAAGCUCCGUGAGCGUGAGCACCGCAUGCAGAAUCACUUGGAGCUAGCAGCCAGGGGUCCUUUACGACAGACCUUUACCCACAACCCUCUGCUACAGCAUGGAAAGGAUCCCAGCACUCCCAACAGUGGCAGCAGCAGUAACAAACCAAAGUCAAAGCAUCCCUGGCGCGACACUCUGGGUUAACUCAUGUUCUGGUCAUCCUGGCAAGAACUGUCUCUCCAAAAUCUUGUCCUCAAAACAGACUUCAUACCAUAUCCUGGGGGUAUGGAGAAAUUCGUUUUAAACACCGAUUCCACUACAGACUUACUCCAUGUGUGAGAGCACUGGGGAGUGAAGUGACCUUUUCCAUCCGUGGGGUCAGUAAACCUUGUGCUACAGGCU